CAAGGUCGUUGAUAUUACUGUGAUUGUUCGUUGUAGGUAGUAUCAUUUAUAUAAACAAGGUAAGGUGAUUCUACAGUUUAAUCUAAAUAUUUACUUUCUUUGUAAAUUCAACGUUGUUGCAAUACUUUAAAGGGAGGUAACCCAUUUUCAAAGACCUCAAAAUUGAUUGAUUUCUGUUUAACAAAGAAUCCGACUGAGAUGGUGAUAUCGUAUGACCACCGAAGAUCCUGGCAACAUUCUCUAGAUUGAGCGGAUUUCAUAAUCACAGCGAUAUAUUAUAACAAGCAAACGGAAUUCUAACAAUCUAAAACAAAAAAGAAGAACUGGAAUCGAGGAAAAGAAAUACGGAUAUAGGUGCAAGGGUUGCUAAAAUAUCGGCUUGGUAUUGGUGCUGGUUCUUCUCUGUCUCUUUCAUAUUCUUUUCCUGUGGUUGUGAUAAGACCUGGAGAGGGAUGGGUUCUGUCAGGUCUAAAAUGUCUUGAAGACAUGCUGUAGGCUUAUGAUGAUACUCUUAUGCCUCCAUCUAGGGGAGCUGAAGUUUUAAGAUUUUUCUUUGAAUGUCUCAGAUAAAACUGUGAGAAUAUCAGAGAACCAAAAGCCUCAAUAUUUUAAUUGUUCAUUCACCGAAAAUGGAAGUUGAGAUGGAUGCUGAGAUGGAAGCUGAGAUUGAAGCUGAGAUGGAACCUGAGAUGGAAUCUGAGAUGGAUCCUGAGAUGGAUCCUGAGAUGGAACCUCUUUCAGGUGAGAACCUGUUUCAGUGUGAUAUAUGUAAGAAGGAGUUUCUACAUAAGAGUGAUCUUGGAGUUCAUCUAGUUACACACACCAACAAGAAACGUUUUCAUUGCCCAAUUUGUGAGAAAGAUUUUGCUGAUCCUUCAAAGUCCGUACGGCACAUGCGAACACAUACUGGAGAGAAGCCAUACCAUUGUGGUGUGUGUGGUCGAGCGUUUGGCUAUCGAAAUGUCUUGAAGAAUCACUUAAAAACUCAUACUGGUGAGAAACCUUUCCUAUGUACAAUAUGUAAUAGAUCUUUUGCAAGGAAGGCUCAUUUGACAGGCCACUUGAAAGUACACAAUAAUAAAAAUUCACAUCUACCAAUAAGAAUAACAACACCUUAUUCAGAAAAUUGGAUAGGGAAAGAUAUCGUCACAAAAGUAUUCAAUGAGGGAAGAACACAGCCACAUGCAAAUGAUGGUAAAGACAAAGAGUCUGGUAAUGAUGGAACUGAGGGGAAAAAAUCUGAUAAUGAUGGAGCUGAAGAGAAAGAAUCGAGUAAUGAUGGAGGUGAAGAUGACAAAGACAUUCCAGAGAAUUCCAAUAAGAAUAAAGGGAAAAGAGUUCAGUGUCAAAUUUGUGAUAAAUAUUUCUCAUUUAAAUGUGAUUUGAAAAUCCAUUACCGAACUCACACUGGAGAGAAACCAUUCCAGUGUGAUGUGUGUGGUAAACAUUUUGCACGAGGUGGUGAUUUGCAAAUUCAUUUCCGAAUACACACUGGUGAAAAACCUUUUAAUUGUGAAAAGUGUGGGAAAACCUUCAGUGAUAGGUCUUCUUUCAAUAACCACCGGAGGAGACACAGUGGGGAGAAACCGUUCCAUUGUCAAGUGUGCCGACAGAAUUUUGCCGAUAGGUCCACUCUAAAAAGACACAUCAGAAGCCAUACUGGAGAGAAGCCUUUCCAUUGUGAGAUUUGUGGCAAAAAUUAUAGCCGUAAUGCUAUCCUUAGCGUUCAUCUAAUGACUCAUACUGGAGAGAAACCAUUUUGCUGUGAUAAAUGUGGGAAAAAUUAUUCACAGAAAUGUACUUUAGUCGCUCAUUUAAAAUCUCACACUGAAGAAAGUGUCCCUGGAUAGAAAAUGAAAUAAAAUUACCAAAAAAUGUUGUUUUAUUUAAUGUGUUAAAAGCAAGCUUAGUCUAUGAGCCAUUUCACUUGGUUGAAGCUAAAGACGAUGCUAUAAAUUGUUCUAAAAACUAUAUGGCUUAUAUGCCUAAUCAAAGCAAACCAUUUAAUGAUUUUUUUUUCUUUUCUAUAUAUAUAUAAAAAGACCUGACUGUAAUUUUAUUUAAUUAUCUUUC